AUGUCCCAGACUAUGAGCCCAUUGUCCCACCUUCAGUCAUCGCAAAUGGAGUCUCAAUCCUUACGAAUAGAGCCCCAAAGCAUCGACUAUGAUAUCCUCAGCUCGCCGGUACCGCGGCCAUAUCAACUGUUCACUGUGUGGUAUGAGCCUCAGCACAAAAUGCCAAAAGUGCCAACAGCACAUGAUGUUGUUCGCUUUCUUCAUAUUAUCUAUCUCUUCUUUUACUCGGACAUUACGACCGUCAUGAUUCCUUGUAUGACAUUCGGCAUUUUGGGAGCAAUCACAAACUCGACUCUAACGUUUGAGCCCGUUGGUGUUCUCGAUCUGAUCUACAACUCCUCGCAGGCGUUACUAUGGCUCUGGGGAGUUUUGAUGGUCUUUGAUAUCAACAAUCAGAACUCUCCCGAGUCCAUCGAAGAGGAUCGUUUGAACAAACCCUCACGUCCUAUUGCUUCCGGACGAAUCAGUCCUGCUGCUGCCUCCAACCUCCUCUAUGUGAUGAUCGCCGUGACUCUGUUCAUCAGCUAUGUCAACGGAGUAAUACCCGAGACCCUGGCCCUUUUUGUCCUAUACUGGCUAUACGACAACCAAGGUGGCAACGAGGAUUGGUUCAUGCGCAAUCUCCUAGCUGCUGGCGGCUAUAUCUUUUAUGCGCUUGGAAGUCUAGCCAUCGUCUCCAGUCAUUCCGAAACAAGGGCCGCCAAACUAUGGAUGAUCAUCUUUGGCCUUGUCAUCUUGACCACCAUCCAUGCCCAGGAUUUUCGUGACAUGGAUGGCGACCAGCUCAAGGGCCGGACCACGCUGCCGCUCAUAAUGGGCUCGAAAACAGGCCGGAUGACACUGGCGGCCAGUUUAAUGUUUUGGUCCAUCUUCUGCCCUUACUAUCUUAACUUGUCUCAUUAUGCCUAUUAUCUUACUACUGGGUUUGGUGGGAUGACCGGGUUGCGGUUUAUCCUGAAAACGGACAAUGCGUCCGACAAGAAAUCCUUUCAUUUAUAUUGUUUAUGGGUAGCAGCUAUGUUGCAGCUCCCUGCCAUGGCUCUCGCUUGA